GAGAGAGUUGAAGUGGAAAAGAAGAAACCUAAAAUGAAUGGUUUCAACAACAGAGCAUCAGUAGGAGAUACUCUUGCCCCUCAUCCCUCUCAGUACAUGACCCAGAAGCUGAACAACUUUGAAUAUAUAGAACUAUUGUACUUCUCCCCAGAUGGCUGCAAAGAAGCUCUGUGCACAGCUUGUUCAGUAGCUGAUGACUUCAGUCUCACAAGGGUCAAUGACCAACUCACAAUUCGACCAGCAUAUGCCUUCAAAGCAUCCAAAGCAGCCAUAGCCGACCAUGACCUGCCAUUCUCAACCUUCCUCUGCUCCAAAAACCUUUUCCUGAUGCAACUCAGCAAGGCCAAAUGGCCUCAAAUGCACAUUGAUGCCCUCUUGCUGUUUUUCUGGCACCUAGAAAACCACUCCAUCCACAACCAUAGCAACCUUGGGGACCUAGUGAUACUGCACUAUGCUUUGUGGGUCCGCCAGGACUGGCACGACUGUCUCAAGCAAGAUGAAGCAUUCAACAUUGCCAUCAUCAACAAGAUUCUCCUCCACUCAAUCAACAAGGAACUCUGGGACAAAGUCCAUUUGCAAAACUUCACCACAGUAUGUUUUUCUUAA